AGAUUUGAAGACACCAACUUUCCCUCUCCAGUUUUGUCAGUUGAAAACUGGACUUUUAGCUUGUAUCUAAACUCUUUCCAUCUUCAUCUCCGUCAACCUCUCUCGUAAUAAACUCUCUCAACCCAACCCGACCCCCAACUUCCAACCCGACCCCAUUUCCCUUUACUUCUCUCUCCCUCGGUUUCUUCGCCUUAAGCCUAUAUAUAUACAUAGCACAUUACACCUGGUAAAGCCUAAGCUCUACACUUCUAUUUAUCAACCUCAUUUUGCUUGCUACCUGGGCAUUUUUGGUUUCUGGGUUGCUCUAUUUUUUCAUAUUUUUUUUGAGAAUGGCUACCACAGCAUUUCAACAAACCAUCGGGACCUUCCAAUCCCAUGGACACAUAAAUAAGCCAGGGCUUCGUAAAGAGAUUGGUGAUGUUGCCAUUAGAUUACCACUGAAGAGUUUUAAGCUCGAACUUGGACUUGGACUGUCGAAAAGAGCAUCUUUCUCAAGAAGCCUUGGUGUCAUUAAAGCCUCUGCCUCUCAAUCUUCUGUGGCUGAUCAAAUUUUGUCACCCUCAAACAAAAACUCUGGCGAGCCUCGGAAGAAAUCUAAAGAGGCAGCUUUGAUUUUAAUUCGACAUGGCGAGUCCUUGUGGAACGAAAAGAACUUGUUCACGGGUUGUGUUGAUGUGCCACUGACCAAAAAGGGUGUGGAAGAGGCCAUUGAAGCUGGCAAGAGAAUCAGUAAUAUACCUAUUGACAUGAUCUAUACAUCUGCACUAAUUCGAGCUCAGAUGACUGCUAUGCUUGCUAUGACCCAACAUCGUCGUAGAAAGGUGCCUAUAGUUAUACAUAAUGAGAGUGAGCAAGCGAGAAAAUGGAGUCAAAUUUUUAGUGAAGACACCAAAAAGCAGUCAAUUCCAGUCGUGCAGGCUUGGCAAUUGAAUGAAAGAAUGUAUGGGGAACUACAGGGCCUUAAUAAACAGGAAACGGCAGAUAGAUAUGGGAAGGAACAAGUUCAUGAGUGGCGUAGGAGUUACGACAUACCACCUCCAAACGGCGAGAGCUUGGAAAUGUGUGCUGAAAGAGCUGUUGCUUAUUUCAAAGAUGAAAUUGAACCACAACUUCUAUCCGGGAAAAAUGUGAUGAUUGCUGCUCAUGGGAAUUCAUUGAGGUCCAUCAUUAUGUACCUUGACAAACUAACUUCCCAAGAGGUUAUUAGUUUAGAAUUAUCAACUGGAAUACCAAUGCUUUACAUUUUCAAAGAGGGAAGAUUCAUCAGGAGGGGAAGUCCUGUUGCACCUUCUGAGGCUGGUGUCUAUGCCUAUACCAGGACCUUGGCUCUUUACAGACAGAAGUUAGACGAAAUGUUUGCAUAAUUUGGGGAUGUGGCUUCAAUUACUAGGUCUUGUGCUUCUCACCAAAGAAAUAGUACGAGUCAUAUUAGUUCUCCUGCUUAAAAUCCAACAUUGUUGUUAGUACCCUCUUGUGUAAGAAAGUUGCAGUAGUAACAAAAGGUGUUUAUUCACAGUUCACAGCGAGUAGAUCAGUAAAAUCUGGCUACUUCUAUGUGCUGUUUCAGCGCACCAUGCAACCAGUUUUGUUGCUUGUUUUUAGGUCCUUGUAUUGUAGUAGACGCAGCAAAUAUCUUUAUGCUUGAACAUUUGUAAAGCUCGUAUGUUAAGUUCCAGAUUAGAUCCUGUAGUUUUACCCCUAUUCAUUUUUUUUAUUCUCUCUCAUCAAGUGUCUAGAAGUCAAAUAAGUCUUUUUCCCAUAUUUAAUUAUGUUAUGGGGAAAUACUAUGGCAUAUAUGGAAUAAUUUUUCAUAGUA